CUCCUCGUACCUCGAGCGCAAUCCAUAGUCCUGAGAAGACUGACUCGGCGCGUGGCGGGCUGGAGGCAGUCGGCUACAUGCGGCUCCUCUCCUGGUCAUGGGCCGUCGCUGCGCUGGCGAUGGCGCCUUUCGUGAUACCGUGGGCCUACGCCAGCAUCGUCCUCAACUACCUCGUCCUGGGCGACUUCGAUGGCGUCCUUCCAGGCCUCGGCGCGACGCCUGCUCGCCGCGUCUCGAUGGGCGCGCACAUGGUCCUCGGCGCCGUCGCGCUAUUCCUGGGCCCGAGUCAAUUCUCGCCGGCCCUCCGUCGGAGGGUGCCGCGACUCCACCGUUGGUCGGGCCGGCUGUACGUUGCCUCCGCCUGUGGCGCCUCGCUGUGCGGAUGUUUCUUCGUCCUGCUCAAGGGCUUCAAGCUCUCCGGUGGGUACAACAUGGGCGCCGCCUUCCUCCUCGCGGGAGGCUGGUUCGGCGUCGCCGCCGCCAUGACCGCGGUCCGCGCGCGGCAGCAGCGGUACGCAGCGCACCGCGCGUGGGCGAUCCGCUCCUACUCGCAGGUCCUGGCGCCGAUGCUCUACAGAUACUGGUACGUGGCCGCCACUGCGCUGUUUGGGUACCGCCCGCCGCGCGAGGCGCGAGAGUACCCGGGCGGCACGCCGCCACGGCCCACGCCGCUCGAGCACUCGCCGCAUCCAAUGUCAGCGCGUCGGCACGAGCUCACGGAGGAUGGAGAGGCGCGUGCCAGCGGCGGGGCGAAGCUGGCCUUCGACGCGGCGGGAGGGGUGGUGGCGCUGGUUGCCAUCGCGUGCUCGUCGGCCAUCUUUGCGGCGAUGCCCGCGCUGCCUCGGCCCGGCCCCUCCGCCACUAACGCCACCGCGCUGUGA